AUGCCGGGCUCGUCCCAGUUCGUGAGCCAGUUCUGGGCGCUCUGCGUCAAGAACUGGAUCAUUCUCUUCAAGCAUCCUUUCCUUUCUCUUUUCCGCUGCCUCAUAGGCCCUAUUGGGAUUGGGAUCCUUCUCGCAUACGCACCAAGCUUCAUUUCAAAGCCCGAUAUCGGCGGCCUCGGGUCUAUGGUCCCUAUCCGCGCCCUCGCCGACGCCUUUGAUGCCCGACGGAUCUUGCUCUGGUCCGACGACACCAACUCUACUACCGCAGGUUUCACUGCAGAUGACGUCGUCGCCCGCAUGACCGCUGGUUUCUCCAGCAAACAGCUUGCCGCAUUCCACAAGGUCACCACAGAAGAGAUCGCAGGCCGGUGUAUCGAGAACCCAAACGGAAAGUCUGGGUGCUUCGCAGCCGUCACCUUCGAACAGCUCCCCGCGCGCGGCAACAACCAGACCAUCAACUACACGAUCCGGGUCGACGACUCCACCGGCUUCAUCGACGUCAAGGGGCACAACAGCGACUACGAAGUCAGAGUACUGCCUGUGCAGUGGGCUGUCGACAGUGCGAUUAUCGAGGUCCAAACGGGCACGAAGCCUCCCACCCCACUCGAGUGGCCAUUUGUUUGGGAUUUUGGGGGCGACGCCAGCGAUUCUCGACUGAACUUCCUCGGGAUGGUCGGCUAUCUUUUACAGUUUCCAUUCUACAUCUGUAUCAUCGGGAUUGCGUACCAUAUUCCAGGAGCUGCCACAGCCGAGCGUACGGUGGGCCUGACUAGUCAUAUGAAGGCGAUGGGAUUGUCGGACACUGCCCGCGUCUUGUCAUGGCAUUUCAGCCUGUCGCUCGCCUAUCUCCCGGCAUGGAUCAUCCUCUCCAUCAUCUGGAAGGUCAAGCUGUUCAUUCUCACCAGCUAUGGUUUCAUCUUCGCCCUCUGCGUUCUUACCGGCCUCGCGACCGCCUCGUUUUCGAUGUUCAUUAUGGCGCCCUUCGGGAAGUCUCCUUCACUCGCUGCGAUCCUUGCGACGCUCUGCUGUCUUGUGCCAAUCACGAUCACUAUGUUUUGGCCGAACAUGGACUCCACCAACGCCGGCAUCCUCACAUUCUUCUUCCCGACCUUCUUCUUCGGCUGGACGUUUACCACAAUCACGGACUUUGAGACCCUUCUCCUGCCAGCUUCCCUCACGACGCAGCCACAGCACGAGUUUCCACCUCCUACAAUCCUCCCGAUGUUGAUUGCCGUAAUCAUCUCGAUAUUCUUCUGGCCCAUUGCCGGCGCUCUCAUUGAGCGGUGGCGAUUCGACCCCUGGAACCCGUUCGGGUCGCCCGCACGCACACCCUCCGGCACCGCGAUCUCCAUCCGUGGCCUCGAGAAGUCGUUCCAGUCGUCCGUGUUCAGGCGCAAGUCCGGGCUCGUCAUGGCCGUGCAGGACCUCACGCUCGACAUCCCGGAGCACGGCAUCUUCGCGCUGCUCGGGCCCAACGGCGCGGGCAAGUCGACGCUCAUGGCCGUCCUCGCGGGCCUCACCGGGCGCACGCGCGGGACGGUUCUCUACGGGGACGGCGUGCGCGAGCCCGCGCGCGGGAGCGUUGGUAUCGUGCCGCAGAAGAACGUGCUCUUUGAUGAGCUUUCGUGUCUGCAGACCCUCCAACUGUGGCGCGAGAUCAAGACCGCAGGCAACGCGGGCGCGACGCGCGAGUCGGACGCGGACCUCGAGGGUCUCCUCCGCGACUGCGAUCUGGCGGAGAAAAUUCAUUACCCAUCGGGCAAGCUCAGCGGCGGACAGAAGCGGAAGCUCCAGCUCGCCAUCGGGUUGGUGGGAGGAUCGUCGAUUGUCUUGGUCGACGAAGCGACGUCCGGGGUCGAUCCGAUUUCGCGGCGCGCGAUCUGGAAGACACUUGCCGCAGUGAAGGAGUCGAGAACGAUUGUCUUCACGACGCACUUUCUGGACGAGGCAGAUUUGCUCGCCGACGACAUCGCCGUGCUGGCUACCCCCGGAAAGCUCGUCGCACACGGCACCUCAAUCUCGCUCAAAUCGACUCGCGGCGAAGGCUACAAGCUGCGCGUCACUUUCGACGCGGAGACUGCCAAGACCGGGAUCCCGGAGUCCGAUGUUCUGCAGUUCGUGCAGCGCACGGCGCCGGCGGCCUAUGCGACCACGACGGGGCCUCGGGAGCGUGUUUUCCACCUCAAAACUACGGACCUCCACGUCGUCAAGCACGUGCUGGAGGACGUCGACAAGGAGAAGACGCGCAUGCAGAUCUCUUCCUAUUCGGUGUCGGCCGCGUCCAUCGAAGACAUCUUCUUGGAGCUGAUGGACGCCGAGGACAAGAACGAGGAUCCCGAGAACACUUCUAAGGACAACAUCGCGGAGACUGGUGGCAGCGCCGAACGUCGAACCCACGAGAAAGUCGAGCUGACGACCGGUGUGCAGCGUUCCGUCUUCGGUCAAGCUCUCACGAUCUGCUACAAGCGGCUGUUGAUCCUCCGUCGCUCCUGGCUCGCACCUCUCCUUGCCCUUACCUUCGUCAUCAUCCCGUCCGUGAUCCCGCUCAAGUUCCUUGAAACUGGCGGUAACACGUGCGACGUCGUCAGUCGCGACUUCAGCGGAAACUCGCUAUAUCUCACUACUUCGCCGCUCGAAUACCUGUUUGGAGAAAAUCCGGGUCCUUCGCUCUUCCCUCCAGACGCUCUCGCACCGCUCAACGUUUCCGGCGUGCUCACCAACACCUCGAUCCCCUUCACCUCCAACGCCUCCUUCGUUGAGUACAUCAGCCGCAACUUCACCAACAUUUGGAGCCCCGGUCUCAGCAUCGACCUCGACACUGGUGCCGCGCUCAUUGCUUGGAGCGCCCACGAAGCCCUCUCGAGUGCCACGUUCUUGAACGCUGCCUCGAACCUCCUCCUCAAUCACGCGCUCAACAGCACCGGGGCCGGUACGGGCUACGCCACUCCUCUGCUGAUCACCCCAACCAUUGGCAGCUUCGCAUCGAAGGGCUUGGGCGACCUGACCCCCAUUGUGUGGGCCGCGGUGUUCAGCGCGGCGAUGGCCGUGUUCCCCGGGUUCUUCGCGCUGUACGUCGCGCGCGAGCGCCACUCGGAGGUGCAGGCGAUGCAUUUCUCGAACGGGCUGUCGAACCCGGCGGGGCUCUGGCUCGGGCAUCUGAUCUUCGACGCGAUGACGACGACGUUUGCGGCGACGUUGCUCGUGGUCGUGUGGGCAGGAAAGUAUGCGUUCUUCUUCCACGGCUUGGGCUACUUGUGGCUCGUGAUGAUGCUGUACGGGAUCGCGAGCAUCCUAUAUGCGUACUUAUUUACCCUGUACUUCAAGUCACCUCUCGGUGCAUGGGCAGCGAUUGCUGUCUGGCAUGUUAUUCUGUUCUUGCUCUACACAAUGGCCUACGUCUUAGCCCAGACGUACGGGGACGCCGUAGAGACACAGUCGUUGUACGCCGUGAUUCACUUCACGGUGGGCCUCGUCUCUCCCCUUCCGAGCCUCAUUCGCUCCUCUUUCGUCGCCACCAAUCUCUUCUCCAUACUUUGCGUCGGUGAAGUGGUCACCGGACCCUCCCUCUACGGCAACAUCAUGCACUACGGCGGGCCUAUCCUCUACCUCGUUCUUCAAUCGUUCAUCUACUUCGGCAUACUCGUCUACGCGGACUCCUUCUCCCUCGUCCGCAGCACCCUCAUCCGCCUCCGGACCAAGGGGCUCCGCGCACGUCGGAACUCGCCGACGUCCACGGAGAAUGUCCGUCUUGCAUCCGCGUCCGACACGGAUGGCAACGACAUCGCUCUCCGAGUGUGCAAUGUGUCCAAGUCCUUCGGCGCUUUCAAAGCCGUUGAAGGCGUCAGCUUCGACGUCUCCAAGGACACCGUCUUCGCCCUCCUCGGUCCGAACGGCGCGGGGAAGACGACGACAUUCAACAUGAUCCGGGGAGACAUGACGCCCGACUGGGGCGAAAUCUUUGUGAACGGGCACUCCGUCGUGGCGAACACCAAGGCCGCCCGCUUCUCGCUGGGUGUCUGUCCGCAGUUCUCGGCCAUCGACGCGCAGCUUACCGUCCGCCAACACCUGCGCGUGUACGCGCGGCUCAAGGGUCUGCGGCGCGGCGCGCAGGUCGACGAGAACGUCGACGCGGUGAUGCGCGUCAUGGACCUGCAUGUGUACGCUGACCGUCUGGCGAACAAGCUCUCGGGCGGGAACCAGCGGAAGCUCGCGCUGGCGAUUGCGCUCAUCGGAAACCCAUCGGUCGUGCUCGUCGACGAGUUCUCGACCGGGGUAGAUGCGAAGAUGAAGCGUGACAUGUGGAGCACGCUCAAGCACGUCGCGCCCGGAAAGGCGUUCGUGAUCACCACCCACUCCAUGGAGGAAGCCUCUACUCUCGCGAGCGACGUCGGCAUCAUCUCGCAGCGCUUGCUCGCUGUCGACUCAACCGAUGCACUCAUGGCUCGAUACGCGCGAUACCUGGUUCACUUCCCUGGCCGCACGCGCGAAGACGUCGUGCGCGCGCAAGAGGUGAUGGCACGCAUCCCUGGUGCGCGCCUCUGCGAUGACGUCGCGACGCGCUUCGAGGUUCCCGUCGGGAACGCCGACGAGGGCGUGCCCUCGCUCGCCGUGCUUUUUGGCCUACUCGCGGACGCUGGCGUGGGUGAAUACGCCGUGGAGGAGGCGAGCCUCGAGAGCGUAUUCAUGCAGGUCAUCCGAGACAACGACAGGCCCAACGAACGGGAUGAAAAGUUUGCCUGA